UUUAAAUAAUCAGUUGGCAACAGUUCAAACGGAUUUAUAUUUAAAUACAACGUAAAUAUGCCAAAUACUACGAAUGACAGUUCCAUUUUUAAAUGACUAAACGUCAACAUGAUACAGUUUAUAAUUGACAACUGACUGAGUUACGUUAAUUUACUUCCAGUUUUAUGAAGAUGAACAUUUUCUAUUCACUACGUAACAUUUAAUUAAAAUUUAUUUAUUUCAAUUGUCCAAACGAUUUUUUGUAGUUUCGAAUUAAAUAUUCGCUUAAUGAAUAUUGCGAAAAAAUAAGAAAAAAAAAGUUGAUAGAAGAACUCGUAAUAACGGAAAGUGAGGUUGGCAGACUUAAAACACCUGUGACGAUUAUUAGUUUAAUAGAACGUGGAAGGGAUAACAUGGCUACCGUCUGGUGACGUUCGUUCGUCGUCGCCGUCGCGAAAUCAAAUGCUCCCAAAAACAUCUGGUAAACAUUUCUCGGUGUAAGUUCCGUAGUUUUUUCGUGGAAAACGCAUAUUAUAUUUAGUGAAAAGUGUGAAGUACGAUGAUGAACAUGUGGAAAGUAAGGGAGUUAAUGGAUAAGGCGACCAAUGUGGUAAUGAAUUACACAGAAACGGAGGCCAAAGUUCGGGAAGCCACAAAUGACGAUGCGUGGGGUCCUACCGGGGCAAUGAUGCAAGAACUGGCUCAGGCUACAUUCACAUACGAGCAAUUUCCCGAGGUAAUGUCCAUGUUGUGGAAACGGAUGUUGCAAGAAAGACGAAAUUGGCGUCGGACUUACAAGUCUCUUUUACUUUUGAAUUACCUGGUACGUAAUGGUUCGGAAAGAGUGGUCACAUCGUCUAGGGAACAUAUUUAUGAUCUCAGAUCAUUAGAAAAUUACACUUGCUUUGAUGAAUUCGGAAAAGAUCAAGGAAUUAACAUAAGGCAUAAAGUUAGGGAAUUAAUUGACUUCAUACAAGAUGACGAUAAAUUAAGGGAAGAGAGAAAAAAAGCAAAAAAGAACAAGGACAAAUAUGUUGGCCUAUCCAGUGAAGCAAUGGGAAUGCGAUUUGGUGGUGGUGAUAGGUGGACGGAUAGUCCUAAAUGGGGUAAAAGUAGUAUAGACGCAUAUAAUGAUUGGGAUAAUCGUAGUAAAGGUUUUGAAGAUACAAACAACAGCGAUGAUGGUGAAAGAGAGGAUUCAGAUAACGAUGUUCAUCCAAAUCCAAAAAGAGGUGGCAGAGAAUAUAGAGAUACAAUGGAGAACGCAGACCAUGUUAAUAAAACCAAUACUGUAUCAACUGCUUCCACAAAUGCAUCACCAGCGCGAUUUUUACGAACUAUUAAAAAAGUAGAUUUGGGUGCUGCUGCAAAUUAUGGAAGAGAACAAUCCAAUAAUGGUAUAUCUGGAUUGCAAAAUAAUUCCCUGUCUUUGCCUAUCAAGCAAAAGAAUAAAAAUGAUAUUUUUGAUUCUCAAAAUGAGACCAAUACAAAAUCAGUAGUUGAUGAUGAUGAAGAUUUUAAUCCAAGGGCAAAUGUUCAACCUACUGUACAAAGUCAAAAUGCGAAUACAGACUUUGGAGAUUUCACGAGUGCAUUUGGAAGUCCUACUGUCAAAACGAAAGACAGUAAUGAUGAAUUUGCAGAUUUUACGUCUGCGUUUAACUCGUCUUUAACGAUAUCUAAUCCUUCAGUACAAUCACAAUUGCCACAGGCACAAAUAAAUUUAAUGGGAUCGACAAUACCAAAUAUUAAUAGUUCAGUGAUUAAUAAUGCCAAUAAUACUAUGUUCAUCAGUACACAGUCAUUUAGCACACCUUCUUUAACGACUAUGAGUUCUGCAAAUACGCUUCCUCAAAAUCUUAAUGCUAAUAGUAAUUUGUUUGAUAGUUUAAAUCAACAAGUGCUCAAUGAUCAACAAACAUUGAAUAAUAAUACUGCAUCUUCAAAUACGGAUCUUCUGUCGGAUUUAGAUACUUUAAAUUCUGGUGGUCCUAUGGACAGACAAACGAACAAUACCAAUAAUUCCAAUCUUUUUACGAACAUGAGUUCUCCUGUUGUGGCUAACCAAGGAGGAUCAAUUGGAUUACCGCCUGUUACAAAUCUUCUUACUCCUACUACAACCAAUUCCAAAACAUCAUACCAGAUAUCGAGUAAUACACCUGUACAAGUUGGAUCUACAUGGGCUGGUUCAGGAUUGAAUAUAGACCUCGACAAUAUAAUGGGAAGUAAAAUCAAACAAGCAGGACCUGCACCAACGAUGAACCAGCUGGCAACUAAUAGUCCACAACAUCAAAUUAAACUUAUGACAUCACCAACAAUGGGAUAUGCAUCACCUAUGAUUCAACCACAACAACCAAAACAGCAACAAGCAAAUCCAGCAUUUUUCCCUGCAUUUCAAUGAACUUUUAACUAAUUGAAUGCUGAUAUUAGUGAACUCAAAGGCAUAAACUGAAGUUAAAAUAAAUUUUCUAUUUUCUGGGCGGAUAAUCUAAUUAUAUAUACAGGGUGCAGCUGUAAACAAUUACAUAAUAUAAAUGUGAAAAGCAAAAUGGUCAGUAAAAUAUAUUGCAUAAUCAUGUGUUCACGAAUAAUUGAAAAAGAAGUAUUUUCAAUUUUUGAAUUUUGCAUAAUUUUGAGUUGAAUAGUUCGUUAAUGUUUCACUACAUGAAUUUUAUUAUUAUUACCUUACUUUUGUCAAUUAAUUAAGAAAACGGAAAAGCAAUUUAUCGAGGAAGGUAAUACAUAUACUCGCGACAAGUGCUACAUAAUAAAUUACAAGACUAGUUGAAAACUUUAGAGCAACUGUAUAGAUUAUUAAGUUUCAAUAUAUCUGCGAGCAUGUAUUUGUCAAAGUGAUACUUCUAGAUAAUAUAUGUUCUCAGUAACAUUCCGCAAUAUAAAUAUUGCAUUUUUGUAAUGAAUAUUUAUAUUAUUUGCAAAUUAUGCGGGAACAAAUCAAGACGGACUUGUCCUAAACGUUUUAUACAUAAUGUAAAUUGAAUUUUACGACGAAUCAGGAUUAUGCCUUACGUGUAUAAUGUAUUAUAAGAAUGUAUGCAUGAAAGUGACAUAUAGAAACAUGUGGGAAUGUAGUAUACUACUACUUUUAUUUACUACUGAAUAUGAGACAUUCUGUUAAACGUUAUUUAAUGUUUCGAGGGAAUGGAGAAUGCUUUUACAAUGGUUGAAUAUAGUUAAAUAUAAUUAUUGCAGCCUUUAGAAAGCUGCGCUUACAUUGUUAACUUAACAAUGUAAAAAUCGUUUCACUUUUCUAUUAUGAAUAUUUAAUGUUGAUGAUAUUCGUCUAUAAGGAAGAAUAAACAGACGCAAUAACAUCACUAAUCAUAAGUGCUUCCCUAUUAUAAUUAAUUUUGCACGAAACAGAAUUUAGUAUUAUUUAUCGGAGUUAUAUGAAAUUAGUACUAUUUAAGAAAAAAAAUAGAUGAAUAUGAAAACAUGGCAGGACACGAGAUAUUAUUUUAAAGAAAAAGCACAGGCACAAUAUCGGCGCAACAGAAUGUUUCCGCGCUUUAAGAACGUUCUACUCAGCAUGGUGAUUUAAUAAUAUUAUGUGUUUAUGGUCCAUUGUAAACUAUUCGAGGAGUUUGUAGCUAUGUAAUUACAUCACUACAAGAAAUUUAAUCAUCCUUGUGAUUGAAUGAUAUUCUAGAAGUUUUUUAAAGUAGGCAAAGAAAGUAAAAACUACUAAAUAGCACUUCCUUAGUUACUUGUUACUAACAAUAAAGAAAUGCAUAUCUUUCCGAAUAAUUGUUUACAUAACAAUCAAGAAGAAAAAAGAUAAUUAUUAAUACUUAAGUAUUAACUAUAUUAGAUUAUUAAGUAAUAUUUCCUUUAUGUGUGCUGUUUAUUAGCAAUGAUUCCAUAAAUCUUUGCUGCAUGAUACUGAAAUAUAUUAUGGAAUGGUUUGUUAUAGAAUACUUAAUAAUGAAAAGAAGUUGCAAAUUUUGCCUGCAUGCUGUAUUCGUUAUUUUUUAUUUGCAAUUGUAUACAUAUCUUACGUAUAUUAUAUAUUUCGUAGUAAAAACUCUUUAUGUGUCAGUUAUAUUUUAAUAUAAUGAAUACUGUAAGCUUUUGUUAUGUAUAAUAUAAAAGAAGAAAAAUUUAGGAAGUUAUUUCAGAAUUUGCAGCAAAGUUUAAUUUUGUAUUUACGUAUAUUCUUAAACAAAUGAUUUUGGCGAUCUAUUGCUUUUAUAGAACAUGUAUUAUAACUACUAAUAUACUUAGUACAGGUGUCCUAAACACAUUCUACAUGUUUAAGAGUAUUUUACAUCAGGCAGUUUUAUUGUUAAGUUGUUAUCAAAUCCCGUUUGAAUUAUUAUAACUUGAUAUGGAAUUAUUACUUACAGGCUUCUAUACGAGUAUCAGAGACUGAAUCUUGUAAAGGAAAAACGAAUCCUUUGCAUUUUCCAUUAUUUGAGCAUUUUAUAUGAAACAAAAUGUUUGAUGUAGAUGGGAAUAUAUUUUUAAAGUAUUAAAAUAUACAUAGAUAUGUGUAUCAGUAUAUGUACAUACACAUGUGUGUAUUAUUGUACAAACACAAACAAGUAUAGUCAAUAUGAGUAGGCGUGAUACCAUCAUUGAAGCCGCUUUGAUAUACAGAGGCAUGUUUACAGUCUAGAACUUACAGAGGCCUUUAUAAAGUCAAAAUGGAUAAAAAUUAGAAUCGUCUAAAUUAAAUUACUUCUUUUUUUGUUAAUGAAUGAAAUUUAUAAACUUUUAUGUAAAACAUUGGUUGAAAGUUAUAUAUACUUAAAAAUUAAUAUCAAUUUAUAGUUGACGAAUAUGAAAGAAAAGUGAUAUUUAUCUCCUUCAAAUAUACUUCACUAAUUUCUGUUUAAGUACGAAUUGUAUUUUAUGCUAUUUGCGCGCGAUGAUAUUGUUCAUUGUACGUUUAUCGAGUAUGAUUUAUAAAUUUUAUUUAAUUACACUUUGUUAAUGUCAUUUAUGUAAUUGUUACAAGUAUACUUAUAAGUUUGUGAUUGUUUAUUAUGUACAUAUGAAACAAGUGACAAAAAUUUACUAGUUUAUGAAAGUUUCAAAAAUGAUUUUUAUUGUUACAUCUUUAUAUGUGUAUAGUUGCGUUUAUAUCGAAAUAUUUUGCAAAUAAGGAGUAUUAGAUUGAAAUCAUUAAGCAAUACAUGUAUACUGGUACAUAUCAAUGUUAAUCGCGCGUUUAGAACAUAUAGUUACAUAGGCCUUGCCGUUCUAUGUAUAAACAAAUUAUUAUUCCUCUGAUACAAAAUUCAGGAUAGUCAUUAUGUCGCUUACGAUACAUACGUGCGAAUGAUAACAGAUAUUUUACUUGUCGAUUCUGGACUGAAUAUUGUUUACAGUAGUCGCGAUAUUUGUAAUUAUUAAUUCAGGUAUUUAUAUUUACAUCACAGUUUUAUCGUUAUUAAAUGCUCAUUGGUGCUGGUGUUAAUACGAAUUAUUAACUAUUUUA